AUGCGUAAUGCCGGCCAACUAGGCAGUCUGCCCGUGACGGCCACUUUCGCAAACCAAGAAAUGUCUGUGUGUGUGCUAUUUUCCUUCUGCAGCUGUGACCUCUCAGGUCAUGAGGCACUGCUGAUAGGCACUAUCUAUGAUGCACCCGUUACCAUCGCCGCCACCACCACCGGCAAGCUGGCCAGGUUUUCCUUACGAACCCCCUCACAGUCCCGUUUCUCUUCUUCUUCCCCUUCUCCUCCGCCCCUUCCUGCGCUCAAACACCCAACUGACGCGAUCCUCCUCCGUUCGUCCGCCUGCACUCAACCUGAUGCGGAAACGACCUACCGUCGUCAUCCCAUGCCGUCCUCCUCCAACGACCGCAAACGGAAACGCAAAUCUUCUCGAUUGCGUUCAUCUCUCUCCUGCCUCUUAACCUGUUGCCGUUGUUGUGGAUGUCGUGGUUGCUGUUGUCGCCGUUGCCUGUCCGGUGAUGUGCAUUUAACCGUGAAACCAGCAGACCUGCCCAGAAAUGCCGCCUCCCCGAACCCACCAGCUGCCUCCUCAACGCCCAUGGGAGGGGACGCCGUGGAGGAAAGUGUUCUAGCCGAAACGCAUGCACCCGCGUACUUCACCAUGUAUGAUGAUCGUCAGGCGAGACGACGGGAACGCAGGCGACGUCAUAAGAUGCGUAAAAGUCUUUCCUGUGAGGAAGACUUGCCUGUGGAUGGUGGGCAGGCAUCGUUAAUAACUCGGGAUGGCAGCGAGGGGACAGAGUCUGACGACUCAACCUUAAGGGCAAAGAGGCCCUCUGUGGUUUCUACUACAACGUUGGAGUAUGCAGAGGAUUCCCCCGUCUUCGUGACCUGUCUGGAUGAUGAAGAGCGGGUCGUGGAAGAAGAGGAGGAUAGGGAAGAUAUGUACCAGGACAUGUACCAGUCCGUGGAAACAAUCGUGGGAGCCUCGGAUGCUGUACGUUCUUAA